CUUUUAGUUAUUGUUGUAAAUAAAUAGUUUUCAAAACCGUUCACACUUUCACAGUUCAGUAGAAUCGAUCAUAAACUUAAACAUUGUGCUUUAGUAUUGGGUUGACGAUCAAGUUAUUGGGAUGAGGCAGUUUAUGAUAGCAAUUGCAUUAUGCCUUGUUGGAUUAACGAUCUCGGAGGUCCCUGUGCUCAAGCUAGGGCAAAUUCUUCAAUCUCCAGGACAGACAUUAAAGCUGUUCAGCCAAUACAAGGCAGAGGAGCAUAUCAAUUUCGGCGCUAGUGAGAACAGGGUUCGGUUUCUGAUAUUCAAGAAGAACGCACAGUUGGUUUCAACUUUAAAUUCUGCACCAGAAGAAACUGCUAAGUUUGGACUAAACUUCUUCUCAUCUCAGAGCAGCGGGGAGAAACAUAAAUGGCUCGGACUUAACACAACAGGCCGUCCUUUGAACACUUACAUUUCUUCGUUGGUAUCAUCUAAAGCAUAUAACACUCCCAAAAGUGUGGACUGGGUAAAAGAGGGAGCAGUAACAACCGUUAAAAAGCAAGGUUCGUGUGGUUCGUGCUGGGCGUUUGGUGCAGUAGGUGCUAUGGAAUCAAGAUACAAAAUAAAGUCAGGUAGAUUGAGAGCCUUCUCGGAGCAAGAAUAUUUAGACUGCACUUUUUCUCAGGGUCGAGAAGAAUCAUUCAAGAAACAAGAUGGCUGUGGUGGCGGGUUUCCCACUUUGGCAUACGAUUACUCAACAAACCACGGGGGUAGACUUGCAGCUGAAAGAGAUUACCCUUACGAGAGUAAAAUGGGCGAAUGUAGAGGAACAAAAACACCAAAUGCGGCUGUUGCGCUCAAAAUCAUCGGAGGGGAAAUGCUGCCUCUUGGUGAAAGUUCUUCCAUCGCAGCUCUUGCCGAAGGUCCUAUUUGGAUAGCUUUACAAGUUACUAAUGCGUUUUUUGCUUACAGAAGUGGUGUUUUUAAAGAUACCACUUGCAUUGGGGAUCAGCCUAAUCACGGAGUAACUGGAGUCGGAUAUACUGAGACAUACGUGCUUAUCAAGAACUCGUGGGGUAAAACAUGGGGAGCAAAGGGUUUCAUGAAGGUGGCAAGGAAUCACGACAGCUGUGGGCUGUGGAAAGAAUGGAACGCGGGUUACCCGAUGCUUGAAGCAACAGGGAAGAAAGACAAAGGAAUAAACGAUAAAAAGUCUGGAUAUGGCGAUGAAGGUAAUAGUGAAGAUCAAGAAGACUCUUCUGAAGACGAUAAUGAGAACACUGCGUGCGAGGAUAACUAUUCUGACUGUAAAACGAUUUGGUGCAAAUAUACCUACUUUGCUAAAGACCAGUGCCAGAAGACAUGUAAAAUGUGCGCGGAGAAAGAUGGUGAAGAUGGAAAUGGGAUAUGUAACCCUGGCUUGAUUAGGUGCCCAGAUGGAGUGUGUAAGCACGAGCACAUGUGUUAGGAUUGCGGCUGAUUAUGAGAGUUAGAAAUUCAGAAUAAAUUCAUAAAUUACGGGUGGUGCCUACAUGGAAAUUGCAAGGGUAUUUAUUAAGCGAUUUAGUGGACUGAGAUUAAUUUGAUU